AUGAGGCAUAAUCAGCUAUGUUGUGAGACACCACCUACUGUCACUGUACAUGUAAAAUCAGAGUCAAAUAGAUCACAUCAGCCUAAAAAACCCAUUAACCUGAAGCGUCCUAUUUUUAAAGAUAGUUGGCCAGCAUCUGAAAAAAAUGCACAUAAUAGCGACAAGUCUAAACGCCCCAAAGGACCCUGUCUAGUUAUACAGCGUCAGGAAAUGACUGCUUUCUUUAAAUUAUUUGAUGACGACUUAAUUCAAGAUUUCUUGUGGAUGGACUGCUGCUGUAAAAUUGCAGACAAGUAUCUUUUGGCUAUGACCUUUGUUUAUUUCAAGAGAGCUAAAUUUACUAUAAAUGAGCAUACCAGGAUAAAUUUCUUUAUUGCUCUGUAUCUGGCCAAUACAGUUGAAGAAGAUGAAGAAGAAUCCAAAUAUGAAAUUUUUCCAUGGGCUUUAGGGAAAAACUGGAGAAAAUUAUUCCCUGAUUUCUUAAAGUUAAGGGACAAACUCUGGGAUAGAAUUGACUAUAGGGCUAUUGUAAGCCGGCGAUGCUGUGAGGAGGUUAUGGCCAUUGCUCCAACCCAUUAUAUAUGGCAACGAGAACGCUCUGUGCAUCACAGUGGAGCUGUUAGAAACUACCACAGAGAUGAAGUUCAACUGCCCCGGGGACCUAGUGCCACACCGGUAGAUUGUUCACUCUGUGGUAGAAAAGGAAGAUACGUUAGACUGGGAUUGUCUUCAUCAUCAUCUUCAUCCAGUGAUACAGUAGAGGUGGUGGAGAAACAUUCUCAGGAAUCACACAACUCAUUCCCAAUGGACAUAAUAGUUGAUCCUUCUCAAGCUUAUAGCUGUUUUCAAGCCAAUGAUCAUCAAUCAAACAAAGAAAAGAAAACUAAUUUCAUGAAGGAAGACAAAUCUAUGGAGUGGUUUACAGGAAGUGAAGAAUGAGAUGGCUCAACUAAACAAACUUGGAAUCAUUAACUACAAAAUGUCAAACUAACUGCAAGACAAGUGUCAAAAUGGGACAUUUAAGCAGUUUCGAAAUAUUACACAUCUUUCUCUAGCUUUUGUUACUUUUCAGAAUUACAUGUAAAAGUUAUACAAAUCAUAGUAGUAGCUAAGAAUACCAAUCUAUGAAAGUAGUGAUUUGCAAUACAAAGUUCUAUUUUGAUAUUUUUCUUCACAUCUUCAAAUCAGUUGUCAUCUGAGGUACUCAGUUAAGUUGUGGUUUGCACUUCCUCAACUUGACAAGAAAAGCUAAUUUGAAGGGAGGAAAAGGUAAGGUCAUUGCAAUUUUGAGAAGAAAACACCAUAUAAUAUAGCAUGGAAAACUUACCUGUAUGACCAGUUUGCCAGUGUAUAGGUCUAGCAAUAUAGGGAAAUGAUCCAUAGGGAAAAUCAGAAUGUGAUUCUUCUG